UACAGUAAUUUCUGCAUCUCAUAAAAAUGACUGACAUGCCUGGAGAUAGGACCGUUUAUUUAAAACCAGAGAAAAAGUGGCAAAUGUAAAUAAAUGAUGCACAUGUUGGAAGAGGCAGACAAGGAGUCACCUGGGAUCAGAAUGCUCAGGAAAAUAGGGAAAUGUGGCAGAAACUGUACGCAGCCGUCCCUAAAGGCUUCUGCUCCUGACAGCUGAGCUGGGCCAGGGCGGCGGUCCACUUGCAGCAAAGGAGAGCUCUGUACAAACCGCAAGGACUGCAGGUAGCGCACUUGUCUGUGAAGCCCCCGCCCACUGCAGUGGCAGCGGGCAGGCGACACUCGUGACUCAUGAAAGUGUGACCCUGUGUGGCGACACUGCCCUCAGGUGUGGCUGGGGGCGCGGAAAGUGUUCCUUCUGCUGCUGGUGCCAGUGGCAGGCGAGGCUUCAUGGAGCGCAUGCUGGUGAGAACCCCAGUUCCCCAGCAAAGAGCACGGCCUCGAAGCUGGGUAGAAAGAAACCAGAGAGGAGCAGGAGCCAGGAGAGCGAGGAGGGGUGCGUCCACUCGGGUCUCCACACGCAGCUGCCCCGGGUCCACAGAGAAGCCCGAGUGCCACGGUGCUGUGCUGGACACUGGAAGCCGCCGCGUGUGAGUAAUCACCACGCAGGAAUUAGCAAACAAGGAUCUUCAGGCUCGGUGCAAAUCAGCUGCCAGUGAGUAAAGAGCCGUGGAUGUCACAAUGCAGUGGGCCGGAAAGAGUCCAGGUUCUUGUGUACCACAGGGAAAGAAUCGCCAAGCGCACGCCUCACAAUGUGUAGUAAGUAGCUACCGUUAUGGAGGAUCAGGGCAGCAGCAGGAACAGGGAGACGGGAAAGAGGGCAAAGGAUAAAGGGCCACAGUAACCCCGGCUUCUGUACUUAGAGCGCUGCGUAUGUGACCCACUGUUUCUUGCUGGCGUCAGCAAUCUGUGUGACACUCCUAAGCCUCGGCCUGGGUCACGGUCAUCAUUAUGGUGCUGUCCCGUUUGCAGUGGAACGAAGGGAAGGUAGUGACUGCUGAGUCACUUUGUUUCUAACUGUACUAGGUAACCUCGACAGAGAAAAAAGUGAUUCUUGAAAAACAGCCGAGAAAUUAUGGCCAGGCGUGGUGCCACACACUUGUAAUCCCAGCAUUCGGGAGGCUGAGGUGGGAGGUUUAAGGCCAGCCUGGAUGACAGAGCAAGUUUGGAUGACACCGUGAGUUUAAGGGCAGCCUGGAUGACAGAGCAAGACUGUCUAAAAAAAGGCAGAAAAAGUAUUAAGAAAACUUGUAGCUGUCAGGGAUAAGAAAGCUGAAGGAGUUUUCCAUAGGUGAGGUCCCCAAAGAAUCACACAGACAACAGCAGCAGGCAGCUGAGCAGAGCAAGAGCACUAGAGCCACCUGCGUCUUUCCGGUAUAGCUCUUAUACAGGUUGUCAUCUCGCACUGACACUCUUACGUGCUAGCCACACGGGCACAUGUGUGUUUGUUCACUGCUAAGUUAUGGUUACAUAACUGUAUCUCGCUGUGCCCUUGAGCUAGACAGCAGGGCCACGUCCUCAGGUGUCCUUAGAUGCCCUGGGCUAUGAAGCAGUCUGAGUGGUUCCUCACAUCCACCUGCUCAAAGGUCGGGGAUGCAUGAAUGUAACGUUCUAUGUGUGGCAGGGCACAAGCAGCUUCCUGUGCUGCACACAGCAAAUCAAGAGUCUUGCAGUUUUGCAAAACCAUAUUCAUUCGAGAAUUUUAUCCAACAGCAACAUCAAAGCCUGACACGUAACAUUCGAGGCCCGGGCCAUAUGUUGAGCAAGGGCUUUAAUCUGGAGGGCUAGGUCAACGGUCCUUGCUCCUGGUCAGACCUGGUCAGACGCUAUUCCUAGCCAUCAACCAUUGCAAUGCCUGGUCAAGGCGUCUGCUAAAUCAUUUCCUGUCGAGAGGAGGGGCUUGUGUCCGGAACCCUGACACCCUGCAUGGUCAGCUUUUCGGUCACACUCCCAUACAUCUCACCAUAAGUCAGCACCCCACAAGGGACGGUGCCCUGUCUGCCGCUCCUGAGCUGCCCAGGCUGGCAGCAGAGUGUCGGCCGCCUCACGAUGGCCCAGUUAUCAUGCACACACGUAGGGGCCUGCUUCAUGCAUCACGAGCAGUCACACUGUCCGCAGCUCUGCAUCAGCUUGACCUGCCUGUUCCGGUUUCAAAAAAGAGUAUUUCCACACUGGGCUGGACAGCAGCCACUGUCCGCUGCGGGGUUUGGUCAUGGCUGGACCCAGCAGUGUAUCCCGCAUUAGCCAGAGGUGCCUCUUUCCCUUCUGCAUUGGGACUAGGGGUCCAGUCCUGUAGUCCAUCCUCCCAGACGGGCUCCUGGGCCGCGUGCAUCACAUGCCCCAACACCGCUGCCAGUUCAGCUGCCAACAGGCAAGCUAAGAAAGAGGCCACUAUGUCCCCAAAGCAUGAGAGUGGGGCCUGUGCCACCCCACUCCUGGGACGGGCUAUCCACAUCUGCAAGCACCCCUGACUGCCCCGUGAGUCCUCACAGGCAAGCAGAGCAGGGUACAGCGCUGCUGCUUCUCAGGGAACACCGGCUCCCAGCCCCUUCCCAGCUGUGACCAAAACCCAGCAGGAGAUGCUGCUUCCCUGUCUUUGCCACAGGCCCCAGUCAAAUCCAAUAUUAUCCACACUUGUUAGGAUGAAUGGCAGGUUAAGGCCAAUGACUCACAGUGCUUGUAUUUAGGUAACUGUCCUUUUUCCAGCCCUAAAAAGCAGCUUCUGCUGUGUCUAUCCAGCAAGGAGCUCUUUUUUUUUUUUUUUGAGACAGGGUCUGGCUGUGUAGUCCAGGCUGGUCUUGAACUUGUGGUGAUCCUCCUGCUUCACCCUCAGGAGUGCUGGAAAACAAGGAGCUUCUGGUGUGUCUGUCCAGCCCUUUCUGGUGUGUCUGUGGUGCCCCUUUUGGUCAUCUGGUAUAAAGGGCACAGCAGGGUAGCUAGGUGCAGCACGUCUGCCAAAAACCUAGCAAGGGCACAUCCUCCUAUAACUGGCAUACUGUCCUAGGUCUGGGAUAUGUUUGGAUCGUACCAAUGACAGCAUUGGGAAUUACUUUGAUCUUACCCGACCAGAUAACACCCAAGAAUUUGACAGACAAGCCAGGUCCCUGGACCUUUGUCCAUGGCCCACCCUCAACCCAGCAAAGCUUUUGCAUUCGGUACACUGGUGGCUUUCAAAUCUGCAAGAGGUUUACAUAGGAUCAUCAAUAUAAUGCAACAGUGACGCAGGGUGUGGCUUGGCCCAGGACACCAGCCGUGACACGAAGUUGGGCUAUGCAAAUGGCCCUGCAGCAACUGCCUGCCCUCCCGGGUGAGGCACAUUGGCCCUGCCUGCCAGUGCCAGGGCGAGAUGUCCGUCAAGUCUGCAAUAUCAGUCAUUUCCCAGACCCUGUCCGGCUUCCUUACGGGCCAGGCGGAAGCGCUCUGUGCAGGGCCAUCACCCCUGCUUUUUCCAAAUUCAGGCAGUCUGUCCCAUUGUGUCGCGGCCUCCAGGCACUGUCGUGUGGGCGCCAGCGGUGUGCAGUGUGGACGUCCUCAGACCACGGCUUCACCAGGCGCGUACGCAAGCCCAGCUCCCUGGCGUGGGGUCGCGCCGAGCACCGGCCGGCACACGCACCCCGGUCGUACUUGGCAGAGAAACACAUCCUCAGCGCGCUCGUCCGCACGCCGGCCCCUAGGUCGCCCGCGUUUACCACCGGAGGGGAGCACAAGCCCUAAGUCUCCCUCGCAGGCUCAGCGACCGGCAGCUCGGCUCGAGCCCAGGGACCCACCAGCUCUGCAGCCGCGAGACCCUGGGGCUCGUUCAGCGCCACUAGCGGGCCUCGGAUUCACCGCAUCAGGGUGCCGCCCGAGCGCAGCGGCUGCGUUUGCACCCGGGCGUCGCCGCCGGCAUCCUGAGCGCCCCGCGCCCCCUGCCGGCCGAGCCCAGCACUGCACCGGCCGUCCUCUGUCAGGUGCUGGGCCACCCGCGCAGCUGCCAGCCAGGUGGCUCUGCACACGGAACGCCAAACAGUACGCUGGGAGCAGCGCUCUCCUGCCCUAUGCGAGGCUUUGGGGUGAAGUCCAUGUCAGCUGGGCAUGGUGGGCCACGCCUGUAAUCCCAGAAGUCUGGAGGCUGAGGCAGGAGGAUGACGACGCUGGAUGCUGGUAGAACGCGUCGGGUGUCUACUAACGCCUAGCAGACGCAGCUCGUGGGGUGGAGGUGGCCGGGGGGCGCGGCCUGGACCCAGAGCUCAGGUCAAGGUGAGGCGCGCAGUCCCGCUCCCUCGAGCAAGGGGCUCGGCUUUAUUUAACGCUUGCUCAAGGGGCUGAGCCGAAACCCUCCGUGUGGUCCGCCACGCAGGCUCAGUGUCCCUCCUAGGUCGUGGGGCGAGGGGACCAGGCCCAGGGGGCGGCGGUGCCUGCUGUCUGCCGAGCUGUGGGCGACUCCGCCCCACCGUCCACUUGGGCCCCUCGGGGUGGCGGCGAGCGCAGGGCACUUUGGAAAAGAGGCCGCGGGCCUUAGGGUUUCCGCGGCAACGAGCUACCUUUUCAUUACAGCACAAAAGCAGCCACAGACCGCGCGUACACGCGUGGGCGUGCCGGCGUCGCCCUAAACCUGUGGUCCACAGAACCCAGGCGCGGCGGGCGGACCCAGCCUAACGUUCCCGUGCAGUGGGAGUGGGAGGGGUGCAGGAUGCGAGCUCUCCGCACCCUGCCCUCGCUCUGCGGACCCUGAAUGGAGCUCAGGCUCCGGGGCCGCGCGUCCCGGCCUCGGCCCAGCCCGCCCGGCGGCGGGUGGGUCGGCGGCUCUCCGGCGCGGCCGCCCUUCCCUGCGCCCGCCCACAGCGCCGCCCGCGUCGGAAAGGCUGGGUCCUCCGGGCCGCGCGGACAUCCGCCGACGCCGUGUGGCUCGAGCCCCGAGUCCGUGCUGACCCUUCCGCUGAUCCUCAAACGCUUCCUGGAAAAGACAGCGUGGGGCUAAGGCCGGUCCCCUGCCCAACGCCCUGACCCCGGAUCCAGGGUCCGCAGGGCCAC